AUGGAGCAUGUCAAGCAGAACAGUGUAAACCAGCUUAGUCAAUCUGAAAUGACCUCAUUUGAACAAAAUUCCAAAAUGAUUCCAGGUCAAAUCAGGGAGACGACUCCGGAAUAUAUAUACGUAGUCGGUGAAAGUACAUUAGAGACUUUGCCUGGAACUGUAACGCCGCCGGUUCCGGUGUAUUCUCCCAAGGAAAAGUUGACCGAAUCUUGUAUAUCAGUUGCAUCCACUCCGACAAAUCUUGAUUACAAGUUGAAGGACAAUGAUGAAGCCAUGGUUGAGUUGGGUCUGUUUUUAUCUAAAGAUGCCACUGGAAGGCGCAAAAAGAGAAAUAGGGUUUGCUUCAUUGCAUCCGAUGGCGAAAGUGUUGAUGGAAGAGGCGAACCUAUUAGAGAAGUGCUCAGCAAACAUGAGCUGAUGAGACGCAAGAAGAAGCAUCAGAAAAUAUUGCGGAAAAGAAAGAACAUGUGGCAAAAUUACAGGAAAGCAAAAAACCAGAAAUGCACGAAUAAGAUGGACAUUGUCUUGAAGGGAGUUCAGAUACAUGUGAAAAAAAAUGAAGGAGAUCUAAUCUAA